CGAAGGGUACCUCCAGCUUUGGCAAGCGCCACAACAAGACUCACGGUCUCUGCCGGCGUUGUGGCCGCCGCUCGUGGCACAUCCAGAAGUCGACCUGUGCCAACUGCGGCUACCCCGCUGCUAAGACUCGCAAGUUCAACUGGGGCGAGAAGGCCAAGCGCCGCAAGACCACCGGCUCCGGCCGCUGCGCUCACCUGAAGGACGUCCACCAGCGCUUCCAGAACGGCUUCCGCACUGGUGUCCCCAAGGGCGCCCGCGGUCCCGAGAACCACUAAGCUCGCCAUUUCCCCCCCUCGAACGUCGCAUUUGAAUUUCCUUUUUUCUCUUUUCGAUCUCGGAGGCUGGAACAAAAGGGCUGGUAUGACGAGCAGGAGGAAGUGUGUGCGUGUGUGUUAGCCUGGCAAUGUGAAAUGAUGAAUUCCCAGCAAUUGCAAUGCUAGGCGACUUAAGGACGCUUUUUCCCCCUCCCCGUGGAGUUGGUGUUGGGAACUUGGUCUCUUCGUUUGUCGGCAUCAUCGUGUUUUUGAUUUUUUAGAGCAAUUCAAAAGAUAAAAAACCGACGGCAAAUGAGAGACGGGAAAUUACUUUUUUCCUCCUCGUGGGGUGUUCAAAACUGGGUGAAUAAAAAAAAAUAAUAUUAAAAAAAGGGAAAAGCAUGCAUGGAUUUCCUUUCUGAUUGUUUAUGGCUGGCGAAUAUCCCCCGUGUCGUGGCAGAUGUUAUAUUGAGAUACUGUUCAAUAUGAUCUGUCUUACCUGAAGU